AUGGAUGUAGCUAAAAACGCGACGUUCGUUCAGAAUGAAAUUCCUUCGAACGCAAAAAGUAGCAGCAUCACAGAACCACCCCCACCCGGUAAUCAUCCACUUCAGCCUCCACAAACAGCUGAUCAUCCUGAUCAUCAACAACAUCAAAUACAACACCAACAGCGAAACGAAAUUAGUAACAAAUUAGUAGAUUUCUCGAAGGUUAGGAUCUUUAAGAUAAUUGUCAUCGGUGAUUCAAACGUUGGGAAAACUUGUUUAACCUAUCGAUUCUGUGAGGGAAAAUUCCCUGAGAAGAGCGAAGCUACCAUUGGUGUUGAUUUCAGAGAGAAAACCGUCACCAUUGGGCAGGAUGUUUUGAAACUUCAAAUAUGGGAUACAGCAGGACAGGAAAGAUUUAGACGAAGCAUGGUUCAGCACUAUUACAGAAAUGCACAUGCAGUCGUGUUCGUUUACGACGUAACUCGUAUGAGCACAUUUGAAAACUUGACUGUUUGGAUGGAUGAGUGUCUUGCAAAUGGUGUCAACUUAGAUGUUCCUAAAAUUGUCAUUGGCAAUAAAUGUGAUGCAGAGAAACAAAUUGUUCUCACUAGUUUAGCUCAACGAUUUGCUGACGGGCGUCAGAUGCCAUUGUUUGAAACUUCAGCUAAAGAUAAUUCCAAAGCUGAUCAUGUCGAGUCGAUUUUUUUAACAUUAGCCCACAAACUUCACAGUUCCAAACCAAUGUUUCUGACAUCAUCUUCUGGUGAUGCUUUAAAAUUGAAACCCCCGAAAGAAAAUGAGGCAGGAUAUUGUUGGUGUUGA